UGUGAUGGCACGAGCGUGCUUCAGAUGAAAAGGUCUUGUUCUUGUUGAGCCAAUGCCGUGCACGUUAACCCUAUCAUCGUCAUAUCCUGAGUCGAGACACCCUCUAGGUGUUGACAGAGGUGCGCUUGCAGCUCCCCUGCGCCGCUCGGCUGUAAACUGAUACCCAGCGCAUACGAUAAUAGUUCUAGCAGAGCGUGCGGCAAAAGACUUCUCAGAAGACCGUGUUAUUUCUCCUCCAAGCGCAACAUAUGCGGGAAGUCGGCCUGUUUAGUGCUGUGUUAAACGCGAGUUAUGCUACGAUUCUAGCCCGCUAGUCGUGUGUGAGAGAUUCCGGGGAUUACUGCGAUUGGUACCGAUAUUUUCAAACGCUGGCGAUUCUAACGAGCAUGCCACGUUUGUGACCAAGAAUGCAGCGCUAAAACAAACUGAGGAAUUUGAGCUGUUGAACUUGAGCCAGAAGAAAGGCAAAAGUGAGGGACAUUAGUCAAGUGGUGAAGCGGUGGGAUUUGUCUAGUGCGUCAACAAAUCACCGAUAUGGACGGCAGAAAAGGAGAGAGCACGGCCGCCAGCAGAGCACAGGAUGUAGAAACCCAAACAAACUUUGAUAUAAACGGGACUUCUGAACCCACACCUAGCCAAUCAGUAGAAAGGGCAUCGCAGCAGUACCGGUCUCAAUUAACAUGGAAUGGGCGGUACCCGUAUCAGCCAUCAAACUACCAUGAUGGGUAUUACGCAUACGAUGGUGGAUACCCGCCCCCACCACCACCUGGUCCGUAUUACCAGGGCCGGCCAGCACACUGGCACCAACCCCCAGGUGGCAUGUCAUAUCCACCAGCACCACCUCCUCCUGGUCAUGCCGCAGGAUAUAGGCGAGGGGAGUAUCCACCUGGUAACUACUAUAACGGCAACCAGAGUGAAGCUCCUGGAAGAAGAGCAACUACUGAUAUUGUGCGCCCCAAAGCCGAGUGGCCAAGAGGAUACCAGUCAUUUGCAAAGCCGACUGUGCCGUCAGAAUUUCUAGCAAUGCAUGCUUCACAAAGGGGAACUCCCUCUGAAUAUCCAGCACCACCAUCCACAGCCACCUCACUCAGAUCAACAGUCAUAGAUCUUCCAAGCCCACGUACAUCUGCAAGGAUGACUCGCAAGCGUGCACGCUCAAAUACCCCUGCAUCUUCUGUGGAGUCUAUAGACCUUAACUUACUUAUUCGCAACUCCCCUGACUCUCUUCUUGGUGGCUUGAUAGGAACAAGACUAUCAUCUGCUGGGUCCUUUGGACAUCUGAGUCCUAUAGGCUUCUGUACCUCACCAGCUUGUCGAAGAACACCAGUUGGAAAUCGACCUCCAUCAUUCAUCACUCCUCCUCCUAUCCCGCCACUACAAUCGCCAACCAUAGCACAAACAAGAGACUUGUACCCAACUUCAACAACAGAAGCAGACCCUGCCGUUGACCAUGAGAGGAUGAGUUGCACUGACUCUCCGUCUCCGCCUGAGGAUCACCACAGGGAAGUAGAGGUGCAGCCAAAGAAAGAAGAGUUCAAUGAGACUUGUAAACUGGACUCAACCACCUCCCCAGGAGCAUCUGAACAUCCACAGACAGGCUCGGAUGUGGGUGGUGAUGAAAUACCUGGGGAGGCAGAGGGUGUUGACUUGACAUGUCACUGGAAGGACUGCACCAUUGUGUUUGACAGCCAAGAUAGUCUGGUCAAGCAUGUAAAUGGAGACCAUAUCAAAAAAGAGAAGAGGGAUUUCACAUGUUAUUGGCAGGACUGCUCACGGGAACAGCGACCCUUCAAGGCUCAGUACAUGCUGGUUGUCCAUAUGAGACGGCAUACUGGAGAAAAGCCUCACAAGUGCUAUCAUGAGGGUUGUACCAAGGCAUACUCUCGACUUGAGAACCUCAAAACCCACCUGCGCUCUCAUACGGGAGAGAGGCCAUAUGUGUGUGAGGUGGAGGGCUGUACUAAGGCAUUCUCCAAUGCUUCAGAUAGAGCUAAGCAUCAGAACAGAACACACUCCUCCGUGAAACCCUACGUGUGCAAGGUUCCGGGGUGUCCAAAGAGAUACACCGACCCUAGUUCUUUACGGAAACACACGAAGACUGUGCAUGGGGAACAGGGAAUCAAAAGGCUUAAGGAAGAUUCUGGUAGAGACAAGCAGUCAUCAUUCAAAAAUUCUUCAGGUCCUUCCACGGACAGUGCACCCCCUUCAAACCAGUCAAAAACAACAGUCAACACAAACAGCUUUGCUCACUCGCCUUCAAGUGAUAUCAAAUCACCUGCAAGCACAAUGGGUGGUAGUGGUGGUAGUUACUGCGGUAUAGUUGCCAACAGCUGUGACGGUGAAGUGGUGUCAUCUUCAGUUGACUCUCCUCAUAGUAAUAUCCACACCAAUGAAGAACGUUCCCCAGGGCCAGCACAAUCUGGAGUAUCGCUAAGGUCGCCCAGGAGCCCCCCAUAUAUCAACCAGUUGCCAAACAUUUUGGAGGGUGAUGUUGAAGGUGCAGGAGAUGUUGGUGCAGUUACAACUGUACAACAGAUACAGCCAAUGGCAAUGGCUCAUUCCAAGUCCAUCACUCUUCCAAAGAUCCCCGAAGCCCCAGCAGUAAAGAAGGAUGUUGUAAGUUGGGUGAAUGACGUACAUAGAAGGAUGAGCCAGACUUCGUCACGAAGAUCUAGUGAGGCAAGCCAUCUAUCAGCAGAUCUGGCAGGUGAUGCCAGUCGACGUUCAAGUGAGAGCGGUUGGGCUUCCAACAAUGAAAGUAGAAGAUCAAGUCAGGCAAGCCCAUUCCCUUCUUCCAAAAUUGUUAUUGAAUCCAUAAACCAGCCAGAAUCCUUGGCAGCAAGGAAUGGCAAACUAGAAUUGCAGUCUAACCAUGGUCUUGAAGAGAGUCUGCGAAGAGCAAGUAACACUAGCACCACCAGUAGCCAGCAAAGUGUUCCAUUCAACAGGCUAAGUCGCAACAGCAGUGGGUAUGGCAGUCAGUCCAACUUGGCACUUAUCAGGAGCACCGGAUUUCAACCACCGUAUUCGUUUGGUAGGGAAAUUCCUCAGUAUCGACUUCACCACAAACACAAUAACACCUUUAGGCGUAUGAGUGACACGGUGAUCUGUGAGGCUGACAGCUCAGUCAUGACAAGCCAAGACAAUAAAGAAGAGUUUAGACGUCGAAGUGAGCCAACCAGAAAUAUCAACUGGACAGCCCAUCGGCAGGACUUCCUUAGCCCAUUGCCACCUAGAGCAAUUCCAAAUAAGACAGAGUUUUCAGAGACAGAGCUGAUCACUGAUGAUUUUGAUCCAAGCGAGUUUGAUGCAUACCUUAAUCCCGAGCAGCAGGACCCUGCUCUUCUCAUGUCUCCUUCAGGUAGACAGACGCAUCCACUUCGACACUUCCCAUACCCACCAGACAGCUACCCUGAGCCAGUCCACAUGCAGACCAUACAUCACCGGCCAUACCCACCCCAAUACCCUCCUAACAUGCCAAGACAGCAUCCACAAGAACACCAUGAAAUGCAGCGCAGAGUGAACUACAUGAGGCAACAGCAGCAGUACCAACAGCAGCAGUACCAACAGCAGCAACAACGGCUUCAAGCCCUGCCACAAGGUCAGAUGGUGACACAAUAUGCAGAGCGGUAUCCCCCUUAUCAAGCUGUCUAUGUCCCUGAUAGACGCCAUCCGGUUAUGGUAGGUGCAGGUGAAUACGAGGAUGCCAUGGUCAACAGCAUGGGGGCACUCUCCACAGAGGCCAGUGCUGCCCCAGAGGACUUGGGACUUGGGAAUGGGAACAUGGUGGUUAAUGACAUGAACACUUUGUUGAACUCUUUGGCUGAGGAAGACAAGUAUUUAGAAAUGAGGCAAAACGCAAGUGGGAUCAAUGGGAGUACAAUGUCUAGCAUUUUCUAAUUUUUUUUUGAUUUUCAAUUUAUCAUAUUUAACAGAAUAACACUAAAAUGGGUUCUAAAAUAUUAUAUAUUUUUUGUGGGGGAUGGAUAUAUUUUUGCCUCAGUGACACACACUUCCCUAUAUUUUGGCCUUUGUUCUCAAUCUCACAAAUGGACAAAAUAUUUUGAUUUUCACCUAAUCAAAAAAUAAGACAUGUUGUGUAUGAAGCGAGAAAUAUCCCAGAUUCAUUGUAAAAAGUCCUGAUUUUCUCAUCAAAGAAUAAAAAAAAGAACUGACCCCUAAAAAGUGUUCAGCCAAAAUAAUAUACCUUUCUUCUGACUUUUUACACGGGGUUUAGAAAUCCAAUGGCUGAUAUUGCUAUUGCACAUGUUACACACACUGGGGGAGUGCACUUUGUUGACUUGACAUUGUUGUUAUUCUUGUUUUCAAUAUUAUCCAAAAUCUUAUGGCUAGUUUAUUCAGUUGAAAGAUUUUUUUACAAAUAUUCGCUAAUUGAACUCUCAAAUUUGACCUACAUCAGGCUACUGAUGUGAAAGUUUAGUAGUCAGUGUUCAAUUGUGUUGUGUGCGUCUGAAAAUAUGAACUCUAUCCAUGUAAAUAAUUGAUUUUAACAUACACAAGUUAUCUAAAAUACCCAGCAUUCAUGAUCAAACCACAACAAUCAAAUGUUAUUGCAUUAUCUUUUCUAUGCUAAAUUGCAUACUUUGUACAUAGCAUGCACCUUUCAUGUUAAGAGCUAUAGGUAUUAUUAGUUUGCCAAGUGGUAAAAAGUAGUGGUUAAGGUAGUGUCAGAAAGAUUUACUGUAAGAUUGACUAUCCUCUGCUUUUCAAUAAGUGCAAUAAAUUCAUUUAAUACCAA